AUGUCAUCUCAUGAAGAGGCUGUCACCGCCCUUUAUGCACAGCGUAUCACAUUAGUAAAACAAUUGGCAGAGAUUGACACUAAUAUUAAACAACUAGAGUCCAAGCUGCACAAAGAAUCGUGCUCUCCUGAUGUUCCCAUAUACGAUGAGCUGAACUCUGAAGAUGCUGAUGUGGAAAAAUUCAGGAGGCCAAUUCUUAAUUCCCUGAAGGAUGCCAGCGGUUUGCGGGAUGCCUUGAAGGUAGCGGAUGCGUGCAAGCAGGUGCAGCAACUCGGACCAGACGGUAGUGAAGCUGUAAAUGCCAAGAUCCACUUCCGAAAUGUAUUCAUCCACGAAGCUAUCAGUCUUGCCCCAAGACUUUGCAUGGAUCCCAAUGGCAGCGAGUUAAUUCGGCAUAUAGUUUCACUUUUAAUCACUGGAACGACACCGGCGCGGCUUUACAAGGCUGCGGAUGCCGAAUCUUAUCGCUUGACAAAAGACUCGGAGUUGAUGCUGCUUAUGGAGCAGCUCAGCGCCGAUAUUUUUACACUUAUGUGCGAUACCAUCGGCAGCCGAGUGGCCCAGAAAAUUACGGACAGUCUUCAAACACUAGAGGAAUUCGACAUGUUAAGUAGGAGCAUUGUUGAUCAUGCGGCGGAUCUAGCGAUGGACAUCAACGGAAAUCACGUUCUGAUGAGGUUAGUUACCUCUAGUCGUCUAAAUGAAUUUCAUAAAGAGCUUGAAACUCCUGAGCAGAAGGAAAUGCUCGAUAGGAUUCAUAAAUGUAUUUUUAAAGAAAUAACAGAGAAGUGUGUUGAGAUCUCGAAGAACCGCCAGGGCUGUUGUGUUGUCCAAAAGUGCCUGCAAUGGGCGCCGGAGCCCUAUUACUCCACCAUGAUUAACACUGUUCUCAACAAUACUCUGGGGCUUGUCCAGGAUUCGUUUGGCAACUAUGUGAUUCAGUUUAUUUUGGAUCGCCAUAACGAUCUUGGAGUGUCCAAUCCGGGGGUGAAAUCCACGGACUAUACGAACCAUAUCAUUAGGCAAAUGCUUCACCACGUCGCCGAGCUUUCCUGCAACAAAUUCAGUAGCAACGUGAUCGAAAAGUGUCUGAAGACGGCCUCGCCCGACGUCCGGCAGCUCCUCGUGGACGAGCUUACGGAGCCGCAGGUGCUACCGAAGCUCCUCACGGACAGCUUCGCGAACUACGUCAUCCAAACCGCCAUCUCCACCGCCUCGGGCGAGGGGCAGUUCACCCAACUCCGCGACUCCAUCAUGCCACUGCAGAACCUCCUCAAGCACUCCCCCUAUGGCGUGAAGAUCGAGACGAAGCUUUCCCGCCGAAACCGAGAGUCCUCCAGGCGGCAGGCGAAGAAACGAGAGGCCUCGACUUCGACCUAUUCCACGCCCAGCGCGCGGCCGGAUCACGCGUUGAAUCCGUCUUACAUGCGAAAUCUUUCGCCCGCGAUGCCGGCGCUGAUGUCGGCCGACGGCGCCGCCGCGGUGGGGCCACCUGUCACCCUCGCCAACCUCCCCCCUGACGUUUCCCUCUUCCAGCAGCAGCACAUGAUGGGCUCGAUGCAGUUUGUCUUCCACGGGUCGCAGCAGUUCAUCGGGAUCCCGGGCGCCCAAUCCCCGUUUAUGAACGUCUUGGGGGGGAAUCGAACCAGUCAUGAGUACCAGUGA